UGUUUGAUUGGCCCUUUUGUAGAAUUGGUAGGAAUAACGGUCGUUGAUGGAAAGAAGAAAGUUGGUGUUCGUUUGUAUAUAUAGAUAUAUAUAUGUUUUUCGUAUCUAUUGUUCUUUUGUGUGAUUAAGUGACAAAUUGAUGAAUUAAGAAGUGCAAAUUGUGAAACCAUGGCAGAUAAAAAUAUUACUAACGAUGAUAUGAAAGAUUCAGGCUUGGACGACUUGGAUUUAUCAGGAGAUAUGUCCUUUGAAUUUUCCAAAGAGAACCUGAGAUCUAUUGGAAGUCCCAGCUCGCGAGGCAUGAUGGGGGCGAGAAGACUCGAUUUUGACGAUGGAAAUUACCUUACAAGUACUCCUGGACCUAAUUCCAUGUCUUAUAGUCCACCAUAUAAGAGAGUUCGUGCACUGAGAUUAUUUGACAGUCCUCUUACACCUAAGACUAUAAUUCAGCAGAGUGUGAAUUCACCGCUUCCAAGAAAUAGGCUUUUCUCCUCGGAUAAACCAAGAGCAGUAGCUUCUGCUUUUUAUAAACCUGAAAAACCUUUGGCAAAUGUGAAUCCAUUCACACCAGAUGGUAUGAUGAUGACAAAGAAGAGGAGUCGCUCAAUCAGGUCGCUAAUGGGAUCACCUGAUCUCAACACAUCAUUAACUUUUGAUGAGGAAGAGGUGUCUGUGAAUGAACAACAACCAACAAAAAGAAUUGCUUUACAGGAGAACAACAUUUCAAGAUACCACAAAGAAUUCUUGGAAUUGGAGCCUUUGGGAAGUGGAGAAUUUGGUUCUGUCUAUAAAUGUAUAAAUCGACUGGAUGGUUGUGUAUAUGCAAUAAAGAAAUCAACUAAGCCUGUAGCUGGAAGUGUUUUCGAAAAAACAGCUUUGAAUGAAGUUUAUGCACAUGCUGUAUUAGGCAAACACCAACACGUCGUUCGUUAUUAUUCGGCAUGGGCGGAGGACAACCACAUGAUCAUCCAGAACGAGUAUUGCAACGGAGGCGCUUUGUCUGAUCAUAUAACGGAUCAACCCCUGUCCCCUGAAGAGCUAUGCAGACUGAUACUACAUGUGGCGGAGGGAUUGAGGUACAUCCAUUCCGAGGGCCUCGUUCACCUGGACAUAAAGCCCGGCAACAUCUUCAUAUCCAAGGAGAAAAGGCUCAACUUCAGCAGCGCAGACGACAGCAUGUACGAUUUGGACGAGUCCCAGUGCGAGUCGGAGGUUACAUAUAAGAUCGGGGACCUAGGGCACGUCACCAGCAUCAGCAAUCCACAGGUGGAGGAAGGUGAUUGUAGAUACCUGCCAAGGGAGAUACUUCAAGACGACUAUGCCAACCUACCCAAGGCAGAUAUUUUCUCCCUCGGUAUGACAGCGAUAGAAUGUGCCGGUUUUGGACCUCUACCCAAGAACGGCGACCUUUGGCACGAGCUGAGAGACGGCAAAAUGCCCGAUCAUCCCUCUUUGAACGCUUUGGGAGAUGGCAUAAGACGACUCCUUGCUGCGAUGAUACAUCCGGAUCCUGUCAUGAGACCCACCGCUGUCCAAGUCUUAUUGAAUGAUGCUUUGGUCCCGAAGGGCAAGAUGACCAAUCUGCAGCUCCAGAAGGAACUGAAUGCCGAACGACUAAAGAACGAGAUACUUACGAAACAACUUGUGGAAGCUGCGAAAUUCAUAAAGAGCACAAACAACAACCACCAGUUCGCCAACAACAACAAAGACAAGAAGAACUCUCCGGCCAUUUCCAGGCUGAUCGGGAAGAAAGUGAACAGAAGCGUAAGCACAACAACUUUCUGAAGGCGACAGAAAUUCUUAUAGAUAUAUGUAUAAAUCAGAUGCUUUAAUGCUCGUUUUCCUAUUGGGACUGUUAUAGAAUUUAUCGAUGCCACCGAAAACUUUCAUUUUUAUUCCAAAUUUUGUUUUGUAACAGUUUCGUUUUCUGGUAUUUAUUUUGGACUAAUCUUUGACUAGAAGAUAUUGAGGUAUACAACGUGUAGAAAGAAUAAAAAGUUUUUGUUUGAUGACGGUCCUUUUACUGAGUAUUUAUUGGUAUUUCGAUAAAUCGCUAAUAGUUUUCCAGGUUUCCCUCGAAGCUUCAACAUGUCAAGCUUCCGGGGAAACUUGCGAAGAAUUCUUUCAAAAUUUUCCACCAUCCGAUAUUUGAAUUUACCCACACGGUGUCUCGUUGAUGAUUUUGUCGAUAUUUGAUUGUUUUAUGGUUGUUGUUAGUAUUUCUUUUAUUGACCCUGUGGUAUUUUAUGCGCGUUACAUUUUUCAGCUGUUUGAAUUGUUACAUGUUUAUAACGCUUUCAGAUUUUAGGUACCUAGUGCCAGAUUUUUAAAUCGAUCUUCGAAAAAUUGUUCUGCGACAUUUGUCUGCGAUUUUUUUAUCAUUUUAAGGGUUGCAAAUGUCUCAAAACUUCACUGUGUUCUGUUCAUUGAUUGAUUGAUCGAACGUUAGAUAGGCUGGUACCUAAAAUUUGAAAUUUCGGGAUCGAUCUUUACAUUCCAAGGUACGAACAGGGUGAAACAGGUUGAGUAGGUUGAAACUUGUGGAUUCAAUAGUCGGAAGAGUUGAAAAAUGUCGAAGGAAGAAAACUUUCUGUUGGACUUGGACUUUUGUGGCAAGGUUUUGUUCGAUGCAAAAUUCGUAUUGACCCAACGAAAUGGCAUGUUGGAGAGACAGGUUGGAAAGUUUGAGUUGGUUUUGCGAUGAUUAAAAAUGGCUGUUCCUAGGAGAAUGUUGUAAUUUCUAAAACGAGGGUGAUAUUGUAAAUAGGACGUAUUGUACAGUGAAAAGAGAACGUGAAUCGUCGUGUUUUGUAUUGUUUACUCUAAAUUUACCUCUAGUUUAUUUGGAUUUAUAUAUUAUAUAUUGAGCCGAAGGUUCUGCAACGUUCUUGAUAAAGUUUUUUAAUAUUAUGAGAAAUGAAUACGUGAAAUGAUGAAUAUUAUAAACCUAUUUUAAUAUUAUGAAAAAUUUAAUAAUACUAUGUGAAAUGAAUAAAGUUUGUAUAUAUUUCUUUAUAUUUGAUGGCAACCAAUUGUUAUUUGUGAUAAAUAUUUUGUAGUUAGAGUAGUGUACUAUUCCGGUAGAUUUUUAAAUGUAUUAGCCGUGCUUUAUGUUUUUUACAUUCCUACAGUGUUGUUCAAAUAUUACAUGUCCAUAAUUGAGCUUAUAUGAAGAUUAAUGUUAAGUUUUUCACCUGUAACUUGUAUUAAUUGAAUAAAAACAACUUUUUUUUCUUAA